AUGGCAGAUGCGAGCCCAUCCCAACAAGCUGCACAGGAGACGGCUUCUCGGAAGCGGAAGAGGAUCCCAAUUGCGUGUGGGUCUUGCAGAGCACGCAAAUCUAGAUGCGAUGGACAGAGGCCAAAGUGCUCAGCAUGUGCGACUCAGGAUCUCGAGUGCGUAUAUGCGUCUCUUGCUGGGGACAACGCUCAGGUGCCUAAGAUUUUUCUCGAUCUUGUCGAGUCACGUCUGGCAUCUGUGGAGAGCGAUCUCCAUGAGCUCAAAUCCCAAUUCGCUGCAAUGAAUACCAACGGCAUACCUAGACAGGAGCUCAACUACGCUCCAUCUGCACAGGCCAACAACGGCGGAUCAGAGUCCACGUCGUUAGAGGGUCAUAACGGUGACCUGGACCAAGAGAGGUCACCUGAUGGAACUGACGGAGUCGGUACGAUUGAAUUCACCGACGAAGAGAGCUGGGAAUAUUUCGGUUGGUUUAUUAGUCGUAACUGCGGAACAGUUGAACCUCUGAAGACUAAGGAAUUUGAUACAGGCCCGUCAUCGAACAUAGCCUUUACACGCAUCAUCCGACGAGCGUUAGCCCAAGCACUCAACUUAAAGGCAUCACAAGAGUCCUUGGCACCAGCAACUUCCCGGCCUCGAAUCUAUAAAAACACCCUGACCGUUUCUCGGCCGCAGUCUCCUCCAAAGAAAAGUGCCGCCUCUUGGACCUCAAGCAAAAUCGACGCGAGCCUUCUUCCCAAAGAAGAACAAAUGUCUAGUCUUGUUCGGCAAUUUUUUAGUGACACCGGGAUGCUAUUUCCCUACAUCAAUGAGCAGAGGUUCUGGGAGACAUACUCGAAGCUCCAAAAGCAUGGGCCAACCAGUGUUCGGAAGUCGUGGCUGGGGCUAUUGAACAUGAUAAUGGCCAUGGCGACUAGCACGCGGGCUCGCAGCGACGUUGACAUGGAGCAGCGCUAUUCACAGUCGGAAAUCUAUUUCAAUAGAGCCAGAACGCUGUGUCUGGAUCAAAUGAAUCCUGAAGCUAGUGUCGAAGCCGUGCAAGUGAUGAUUCUCAUCACGCAGUACCUGCAAGGAACACAACGUUCCAUCAAAACCUGGGCAAUUCAUGGAUUAGCGGUGAAGAUGGCCUUUCAACUCGGUCUCCAGUCGGAACAGGUGCUCGACAGGUUUGACCCUCUUGAAAGAGAAACUAGGAUUCGGACGUGGUACGGCUGUGCUGCCUUGGACCGAUCUCUCAGUGUAACGUUUGGACGACCGCCCAGCAUCCCAGAAGCGUUUAUUCGGGUUCGAAUGCCUUGUCAUUACAUCGAGUCACAGACACAGAAUGCAGCUCCAUUAUCUUGGGGCGCAGAGGAGCGCAGCACCAUGUUUUGGAACGCUACAAUAGGCUUGUAUAGAAUCAGCGCCGUUAUCAUCCAAGACCUCUACGGAAGUAACAUUGGUGUAAAGGACGCCUCUGAAGUGGAAGAUAUUGCCUCUACCAUCAUCCAGGUAGAGCGCCAGCUUACAAACUGGCACAUGUCACUGCCCGACAGCAUGAAGCUUGUGGCGAUUCAAGACCUUCAGGCUGCAGAAGGCAACGUUUUGCAUUGGAAGUUCCGAGUAAUUCUAUCUUUGCGAUAUCACAGUAUACGCAUUAUGUGCCAUCGACCGAUUUUGAAACAUUAUAUGGAACUGAUAGACGAUAAGAAGAACACCUCUGGUGCAACUCUGCAGCAUAUCGGCCAACUAAGCAAGACAGCCUGCUUGGAUUCAGCCCGGGCAAUCAUUGGGCUCGUGAGCACCUGCACCGCUUCUUCUGGUGAUGACGGGGGUUCGGCGUACCUCGGGGCAUGGUGGUUCACUCUUUACUAUACAUUCAAUGCAGCCCUCACAAUAGCAGCCAUCAUUCUCACACAACACGUCUCAGCAUCACAAUAUUCACAAGGUCAAAACUUGGAAGAGACGGCAUCUCUUGAUAGAGAUCUCGAAAGGGCCAUCCAAGCCAUGGUCCGAAUCGACUCCCGCAACGCAAUGUUGAACAAAUGCGUCAAGUUCACAAGUACUCUUCGACAUCUGCUUCAAGGUCUACAGUCGAACUCUCUCGAAGACUCUAUCGGUUUCUCGGGCGUAGCUGUGGGACAAGAGUCCUUGACCAACAUGGAAGGUGACUUGAGCUAUCACAAUGGACCGCUUAGUUCCAUGAUGAACGACUUUUUCUCGUCAACCUUUGACUUUCAUGAUGUGGCUACCCACUCUGGGGAUCUCCUCAUGUCACCGAACUUCUUAUAUAACUUUAGCCAAAGGGACGAGCCUUGGUAA